GUCUCUCUCUCAUUCUCUUUCUCAAACAAAGAAAAACAAAAACCAUUUUCCUACUCAUCUCCAAGAACUCUCUGUUCAACUCAACUCGGCUGAGUGGUCUUUAAAAUAUCCUCGAUUUCCCACUCCCUUCGAACAAUCCAACCUCUGCAUAGGAGCAAAGAAGACGCACUAAACUUGUGAAAUUCAAUCCACAAGGUGUAGGGAUCUGGAGCUGAAGUAAUUGAGAAGUGAGAUGGGAAUUUUCUCCAGGAAAAAGAAGCGGAAAGUGUGAGAGAGCGGAGAAAAUUUUUUAUAAAAAAACCGGAGAGAAUGAAGUUUUAUAUAUCGGCGAGAGGUAUAAAUAGAUUGACGAUCUCGGAGGCAGGUGGCGGGGGCGGAGGCGGAAGAGGAGCAAUGAAAGGAGGGAAAGGAUCGGCGGCCGCGGGAGGAGGAACACGGCGGAUAUAUCGGCGCAGGGUGUUGUUGCCUGUGGUUUUGGCGUUAGGAUUACUUUUGCCCUUUCUUUUUGUUAGAACUGCUUUUGUCGUUCUUGAAUCGGCUUCGUUUUGCUCUUCUUCUCUAGAUUGCAUGGGAUGGAGGAUUUUCGGCGGGAAUGAUCCGGCUCUGAUCAAUGCAGCAGAAGGUAAUUCAUACUCCUUGAGUGAGGGGAUAAAGGGUGUCACCUACUGCGAUGGUGAUGAUGAAUUUUUGGUACUGUUAAAAAAGCUCAGAGAAGAGCUGACAAGGGCCUUACUGGAGACAAGCAGCACCGAUGGUCAGAUUGGAAUUAGAGAAAUAGAAGAUCCAACUUUGCUGCCAGCGUCAUUUAAGGAUCUUGUGAAAGAUGUGACAUCAAACAAACAGGACAUAAAAACGUUCGCUUUCAAGACCAAAGCUAUGAUGGCUAAGAUGGAACAAAUGGUUCAAUCGGCAAGGCGGCAUGAGUACAUCAACUGGCAUUUAGCUUCUCAUGGCAUACCAAAGAGCCUACAAUGCCUCUCUCUCAUACUAGCUGAAGAAUAUGCUGUCAAUGCAAUGGCUCGCUCCCGCUUACCUUCGCCUGAAUUUGUUUCUCGCCUUACCGACCCCUCAUUUCAUCAUGUUGUUCUUUUAACUGACAAUGUCCUCGCCGCUUCUGUUGUCAUCUCGUCUGCUGUCAACAGCUCCACCCACCCCGAAAAAUUUGUUUUUCAUGUAGUUACUGAUAAAAAGACCUAUACAGCAAUGCAUGCAUGGUUUGCCAUGAACUCUAUUAAUUCAGCUGUGGUGGAAGUCAAGGGACUCCAUCAAUAUGAUUGGUCACAUAAAGUUAAUGUUGCCAUUAAGGAGAUGUUAGAGAUUCAUCACUUAAUCUGGAAGAACAAAUAUGACAGUCUCAAGGAGGAAGUCUUUGAAUAUCAGCAAGAAUUGGAGAAGAAUUUAGAGGUGCUAAGCCCCAGCUUUGUAUCCCUCUUGAAUCACCUCCGCAUUUAUAUACCUGAGCUAUUUCCGGAUCUGGACAAGAUUGUGUUCUUGGAUGAUGAUAUUGUUGUACAACAUGACUUAUCAUCUCUAUGGGAAUUGGAUCUCAAUGGGAAAGUUGUUGGUGCAGUUGUUGACUCAUGGUGUGGACGUGACUGCUGCCCCAGAAGAAAAUACAAUGACUUCUUCAACUUUACAAACCCAAUGAUAUCAGCCAAGUUGGAUUCUGAUCGUUGUGCAUGGCUAUAUGGAAUGAAUAUAUUCGAUCUUCAAGCAUGGAGAAAGACCAACAUCACUGCAACUUAUCAUCAAUGGCUUAAGCUCAACCUCAACCAUGGUUUUACUCUUUGGCAUCCUGGAGCACUUCCUCCUGCUUUAUUGGCAUUCGAAGGACACAUGCAGCGCAUUGAUCCUUCAUGGCAUAUGGCUGGGUUGGGUCAUCGGGUCACACAAGUUAAUAAAUACAUGUUGGAAACUGCAGCAGUUAUACAUUUCAGCGGGCCUGCAAAGCCUUGGCUUGAGAUUGGGGCCCCUGAGGUACGUAGUUUCUGGUAUAGGCAUGUGAAUUUCUCCAAUGGAUUCAUCAAGAGAUGUGGAACGACGGGCUGAACAGGAAAAGAUCGCUUACUCAUCAUAUAUUUGGUUUUGGCACUACACAAGAGGUAACGUGUGAGACAGAGGGAAGAAGGUUUUGCUUUCAGUCUCUGCUCAUGCUAGUUUCUCUACAAUAUGAGAUUGUUAUCUUUGUCCAUAGAAUAGAAAUAGAUGAAGAUAGCAUGAAAUGUAGUAUACGACCUAGAUAUUGAUCCUCGAGAGACCAUAGGACCGAAGAUGUAAACUAUAAGUUAAGUUGUAAAGCUACCUUACAAGUUUCUCUAUAUUAUUUUUAACAAAAUAAUGCAACUUCUAAUCCUCAUCAUGUUGCUAA